UUCUUCUCUGCCUCUCUCUCUCUAGCUCUCUGUCUGAAGCUGAAGCUGAAGCAGAGUCAGCACUCUUUCAUGGGAAGUUGGGCACGGCGAUUACAAAAACGGUGUAGUUCGAUCACAACCCACAAUCACUAGCUUGUUUCCCCUUUGCAAAAGAUUGAAGCUUUUCCGAGCUUUGCUUUCUUUUCUUAUUUUUUGCUCUUGUUGUUGUUUUUGUGUGUGUGUUUCAAUCUUUUUGCAAUGAGCUUCUUGCGGCCCUCUGCUUUGUACCAGUGCCUACUUGCGUACCCUUCGCUGCGUUGGAUGCCGUGUCAGAGUUGGGAGUUUCUCCGGUGGCCGGGGCUCGAUGGGUUCAUGAGACUCUUGGUGGUGGUGCUUCUCUGGACUAUGUUUUCCGAAAUCCGGUUCAUUCCAUCUUCUUCUAUGUACCCGACUCUUCGUGUUGGUGAUCGAGUCCUGGUUGAAAAGGCCUCAUUAUUCUUCAGAUCCCCUGCUUUGCAUGAUAUUGUAACAUUUCGAGAUCCAACACAGGAACCUGGAGACUUGGAACAGACUGUUUUCAUAAAGAGGAUUGUCGCAAAAGCUGGAGACUUGGUUGAGGUUCGGAAUGGAUGGCUCUAUGUCAAUGGUAUUGCACAGAAAGAAGAUUUUAUAGCAGAACCACCCACAUAUGUAUUAAAUUUGACUUAUGUGCCUGAAGGCCAUGUAUAUGUGCUGGGUGACAACCGUAACAACAGCUACGAUUCUCAUGUUUGGGGACCCCUUCCAACGAAAAACAUCAUGGCAAGAUAUGUCACGUGUUGUCACAGACCUCUACGCAGUUAAUUCAAUAGUUGAAGACUGGCUAGAGGUACUUGAAGCUUUAGGAUUUGACAUGAGGUAGUGUAGAUAUGCGUCAAAUGCAGUCAUUUCGUACCCCAUUUGUGAUCUGUGAUUCCAUUUUUAACAUUCAAUCAAGGCAUGCAACUUGAUGUUGGAUGCUGUCUGUGUAUUUGUGUGGAGUACAAUGCCUGUUAAUUGCUGGUAGACAAUUGACAAAGAAAACUAAAUUUCUUGUCAAUGCUCCAUCACAGAGACAACUCAACUUCUCUGUAGUAAUCGUAGCAUCGCAUUCUGUUGGUCUGUACUCUAUUGUAUAAUGCAACUUAACUUCUUGCGACUGCUUUAACCAU